CGUACAUAAAUAGCUAUGGGUGCUUACAGUUGAAACAUUUAAACCAAGACACGCAGUGGACUCGGCGGACGAGCGGACUAUCUUUUGGUCGUCAACCAACCAAAGCCGGACCUAUAAAACUUUAAAGCUCGCUCAAACCUUUUAUUCUGAGAAGAUAAAAGCUGCUCAGUGUGAACUUUUUGACCGAAGCUCAAGCGACCCUACUGCGGAUUGAUGGGACAGCAAGCCAAAGACGUGGACGUUGAAGCGCUUCAGGAAAGAAGCCCUCAGCGUGGAAGGUGCCUGGACAAUUUUUUAGUCAUGUCCAUCAGCUUUCUUUUUGUGGCAACCACAGCUCUUGCAGUCGGAGGAGCGAUGGUUGUGAUGGAACUGCGGUCGGACAUGAAGUCCUUGAGUUCGCCCCCAUCAGUUGGGACGCCGCAGAAGCAGACGGGAGACGCAUCUUCCCCAGCAUAUAAGAUGGAGAAAUUUUCCUAUUUACAAGCCGCCAACUCAAAGUUGGAAAACUCCACCAUGCAAUGGAAAUCCAUCUCAUAUGGUAAACGGACAUCUGUAGGAAGCAACUUUGUCUUCGACCCAGAGCGGCAUUCACUGACGCCAGUACAAGAUGGAGCCUACUUCAUGUAUGUUGAGCUAAAUUUCACCUGCACUUCCAUAUGCAACGCGGGUGUUCUCACGGUGAAAGUAGGUGAUGAACUUACCUGCAAAGUGGAGCUUCCAGCAGGUAUACUACCUGUGAGCAGGAAAUGCUGGACUGUUGCUCAACUAAAAAACCAGGGAAUGCUCACUCAGAUGACAGUACAGAAAGGCCUAGAAGACUGGAAACUGGAGCUGCAAAGCUCAGGAUUUGGAAUUUUCCUCAUAGACCCAUAGAUGCACAUGCUGGAGUGCUACUGCUGUUAUCUAGAAGUAAAUGGACCCGAGACACGUGGGUUGUAACGAGUAAGAACAGAAGUCUGUUUUUUCAUAAACCCACAUAGUUGAAAACGGACAGGCUUGGGUGCCGUUUUUCACAGCUAAGACGAGCUUCCUUGCAAAGGUUCUAGGAGAAAGAACCUUAUGAGACUCAAGAAAAGCUGCAUUUGUGAUAAUGCAAAGAGAAUAUGGAGAGACUAGAAACUUGCCUCAUUGUAUGUAAUUAUGUAAAAAUGUUUCUCUGUAUAUUUAUUUGGUGAUAUGGAAUUAUUUAUGUACUUAUGUUGCUUUUAUUUAUAACUUUUAUUUAUAGAAAUGUUUAUAUUUUGUAUAGGAUUUUUUUUAAAUGUACAGUAGAUGUCACUACACUGAUAUUGAUGUGCAAUAUACAGAUUUCAAGUUGUCAUUAGGCCUCUGCAACCACAAUAAAAAAAAACCCUUUCAGGGAUGCAUUUAGUUCUUCUGUUGUUAAUCUGUUCUUGGAAGCAAUGAGUAACCAAGUGAUGAGUGAGAUUGUGCACUUAUGCAGAAAAAAAGUCAGAGUUAAUCAAAACAUAUCCAGAAUUUCUAAAACAUUCAGUUUAUUUGUUUAUUAAUUACAAUUAAGUGUAAAGACUCAACCUAAGAAAUUGUUUUGCUUUUAAAAGAUGUCUAAGUCCUGUGGAC